AUGACUGUGAUCUCUAUACCUGCUAGCUAUGUGAUUUCUGAUUAUGAUUAUUACCCUCUUAAGGAAACAAUUAUGACCACUCUGCUUGAAAUAGAUCUAGUUAAGGAUGAUUUCAUCAUUGGUAGAGUGUUAUCCUUACUCGUUGCCAUUCAUUUAAUAUUGGUGACUGGGCUAAGAAAUGAAUCAAUAGUUAUUAUCCCACUCAUUGAUAUUCCAAAUCAUCGAUAGCCUAAAUUUUUGAACUAAAGCGACUAUGUAUCAUUCGAUCUUUAAGUAACUGAGGGACUUACUACUGAUGAAAAUAAAGUUGAACUAAUUGCAAAUACUGAAUACAAAUAGUUAGAGGAGUUUAAUUAUGCCUAUAACAGAUAUAUUCAAAAUACAAAUCUACUUAAAAACUAUGGAUUUGUUAUUGACAAUAAUCCCUUCUCAAAUUGUCUUAUUUAUGUAGCAAACUACUUUGAAUAUUUUGAUAAGGAUCAAUUAAAGAUAAGCCAAUUGAUUGACUUUAUUGAUUCAUCGCUUUAUGAUAACAAAGAUUAAUUAUCCUAGCAAUUAAGAUAAAAGAAUAGAGUCCCUAUGGAAUUGAAAUAUAAAAUUUAUUAAUACCAAAAUAUUUCUGAUGAACUGAUGAAUUAUUUGAGGAUAUAUGCUUUAACUGAUAAAAAUGAAUAUUAGAUUUCUGAGCAUGUUAAUUUAAAUUGUGAGAAUUGCUUGAAGAAUGAUUAUAGUUGGGAUAAGAAAUUAAAUGUUUUUGAAUUGUUGAGAAAUCUAGAUUUGUAUAAUAUAUUUUCCUAUGAAAAUGAGUUAAAAUCAUUGAUCAGUUACUAUGCUUUAGUAAGUUAUCAAUUGGGAUAGAAAUCCUCAAUUAGAGAGGAUAUCUAAAUGAUUGAGGAAAUUAAAUCGGAUAAAGGAUAUUUCAAUGAUGAUACUUCUAGGAGAUAGAUUUUGUCACUAGUUACAGCUAUUUCUAGUAAAUAAACUCUUCAAGUUCACUUGAGAAAUGCUAUGAAAAAAGCAAUGGCUAUCAGCGUGCUCUCCUUCAUGCAAGAUUUUCAGAUAGCAUAGGGACUGAGAUUUUAAGAAAUUAAAGAUUUCAGUUACAAAUAGCUUUUGUGA